AAUGGGCAGCUGGGCAGCUCCCUCUCCCUGUAAACAAGGACAUGUGACUCUCCCACCUCCUUGUGUGGCUGAACCAAAAGAGCAGAGAGAUCGGAGCUGCCGCAGCUGAAGGAGAAGAAAACCCCGGAGCCCUGCCAGGGCCAGACUUCCCUCCCCUCCCCAGAGAAUCCGCUCCCCAGGGCCCAACCCUGUUGCCAGGAAGGGAAGCGACUGCCCGGGACUCGCUCAGGUGUGUUUCCCAUCCCUUCCUCUUCCAGCAACAGCUACCUGGAGACUGAGCCGGCACCGCUGCAGCCGCCCGGGCAGCGCUGCGGUUUCUGCCGCCUCUAAGAUGUGCCCUGGGAACUGGCUCUGGGCCUCCAUGACUUUCAUGGCCCGUUUCUCCCGGAGUAGCUCCAGGUCUCCGGUCCGCACCAGAGCGGCCUUGGAGGAGAUGCCCGCUGUUCAACAUCCUUUCCUCAAUGUCUUCGAGUUAGAGAGGCUUCUCUACACGGGCAAGACGGCCUGUAACCACGCCGACGAGGUCUGGCCGGGCCUCUACCUCGGAGACCAGGACAUAGCUAACAACCACCGUGAGCUGCGGCGCCUGGGCAUCACCCAUGUCCUCAACGCCUCACACAGCAGGUGGCGAGGCACACACGAGGCCUACGAGGGGCUGGGCAUCCGCUACCUGGGUGUCGAGGCCCAUGACUCGCCAGCCUUUGACAUGAGCAUCCACUUCCAGACAGCUGCCGACUUCAUCCACCGGGCGCUGAGCCUGCCUGGAGGGAAGAUCCUGGUGCACUGUGCCGUGGGAGUGAGCCGAUCCGCCACGCUGGUGCUGGCCUACCUCAUGCUGUACCACCACCUCACCCUCGUGGAAGCCAUCAAGAAAGUCAAGGACCACCGAGGCAUCAUCCCCAACCGGGGCUUCUUGAGACAGCUCCUGGCCCUGGACCGCAGGCUGCGGCAGGGUCUGGAGGCCUGAGGGGUGGGGAAGGGAGUUCAGGCCAGGCGCGUGGGUCCCUGGCUCCCAGCUGGAGAGAGGAGGCCCAGUGACAGGUAUGGGGAGGCCCAGAGAACCCAUCCUCUCCUAUAGGCAGGAGAGAGAGAGGGCUGGAGCGUGGUCCCACCAUUGCUGUUUGUCUUGAUGGGAUGGGGAGUGAGGGUCGGGGUGUGAUGGACACCCAGGAGGGAGCUGACCAGGGAAGGAAGGAGCUAGGCUGUUGGUAGAAGUCGGUCCUGGGAUUCAGACCCCGUUGGAUGCCCCCGGUGUGACUCAGAGCCCCCUCCCCUCUUUGUGCCCAGGUGUUCCCCUUUCUCCAUUGUCAAAACAAAAGGGUCCCCUCUGGCCUGUGCUGGUGCAGGGAAUCUGAAUGUGAUGGCGCAGGGCCUUGUGGAGAUGGUAGUGUGGAGGCAGCCGGUGAAGAGGUGGCAUGAAAAACUGUGAAACCCGAGGGAAAAACCCACAGACUUGUUACUCCAAGCACAGGAAGAGGAGGUGUGGGAGGGUUGGCACUGUGCCCAUGGGUGCUGACUGUGGCCCAAAACCACAGAGGUGCAUGACUGGGAGCCUUUAGAUGAUCGCUCGCUUACUGGGUCCAGGUGUGUCUGGAGGAAAAAUAAAGAUGGUGGACAAGAA